AUGACCAAUCGUGGGAAUUCAGUUAACAAAUUCAAAUAUUUUAAUGAUUUACGUGUUAUUGAUGCUUUGACCAAUGUAUUAACAAAUCUUUAUAGAUUGGUAACCAGACAGACAGAUCUCCCGUUGGAUUACAUUAGCACUCAUAUGACAGAAAAUGUCAAAAAAUAUAACAAAAGACAAGAACUGAAAAUACUUAAUGCCAACUAUAUCAGGAAAUGGAAGAAGAGAUUAUGCAACACGCAAAAAACAUUUAAAGAAUUAGAAAACUAUGUGGAUGAGUUGAGCAAAUCUAAGUUAGAAGAAACUGAUGACUAUAAUGUUGGAACAGAAGAAUGA